AUGUAUUGCAUACUAAUAGUUCUUUUCAUUUUAACGAAUGGUUUGUUGUCUACGACUGAUAUUCAACCAUGUCUAUCUCGUUCAUUAGAACAAAUUUUUCUUGAUUAUAAUGAACAAAAAUUUGAUUGUUCAUCACUUCCAUCACAAAUUCAAACUACACUUGCUCUUCAUUUUACUUUUUGUCAUUUAAAUUCAACUGGUAUUAAUUCUAAUUCAAUAUGCUCUCUAACAUUCUCGAAUAAUAACAACGAUCUAAAUGAAUGUUUACAAAAUAUUACGAAAAAUUCAUUUGCUUAUUUAACUUAUACAAAUUUUAUACCACAUAUUCAAAGUAUUUGUUAUGCAAUUGAAACACAACAAUGGCAUAAUCAAGCACGAGAUACAAUUUCACAAUUAAAUAUACAUUCAAAUCAAGUUGAAAAUGAAGCAAAAAAUUUACUUAUUGAACAGGAUAGAAUGCAAACGAGUCUUGAUCAAGCAUUGAUUGUCAACCAACAUUCUGUUGAUGAUGCACUUAAUGUUGAUCGAUUUCUUCAAGUUGCACAGUCAGAUGUAGAAGAAUUACAAGGACAUUUAUAUGUUAAAGAUAAAGCACAAAUUGAACUUAUUCAACAAAUAUUAGAAACACUUUUUAAUAUACAAACAUCAUUAUUUGUUGAUGCUUUUGGUUUAAGUUCAUAUGUUUUUUAUGCAGCAUCACUCAUUGGAAUUUAUUUAUUAACGAUACCAGAACGAACAAAUGCGUCCAAAUUUUGGUUAAUUCUUCUAUGGCUUAGUUUGAUUGGUAUAGAACGUUAUACACUCUUUUUUUCUUCAUAUUCUCACGUAGAUCUCUAUAAUGCAUUAUGGCGUCUUCGUCAAUUAUGGUUUUUUAUUUCUUGUCUUACAAUAACUUAUCAUGCUGUAAACUAUAGAAAUUAUCAUAAAGAAAAUCAAAAAUUAAUCGAUGAAAUUGAUCGAAAACAUAAACAACUUGAAAUAACUGCUAGAAAAUGUUUACAUGUUCUCAAUCAAUUGGAAACGAUUGACGAUUCUAUAUCUGACGAUCCAAUGAAUUAUUCAUCGGAAAACAAUGAUAUAUCGACAUCUAGUACAUUGACAGAUGAUGAAGAAAAAUAA